AUGAAACAAGCAUUUUUGCAAAUUUCGCUCAACGAAGAAGAUCGAGAUGUUACUCGUUUUUUCUUUACCGAUGACCCCUCGGACGAAUCUUUUGCACCCCAGGUUUCUAAAUUUACUCGCGUUCUAUUCGGCAUCAGUAGCAGUUCGUUUUUAUUGGCAGAAACUUUGAAAUAUCAUCUGAAACAGUAUACAGAAAAAUAUCCAGUGACUACAAAAUUUUUAAAUGAUAAUAUUUAUGUCGAUGACAUCAUCGGUAGUCAUGCAUCUGUAGAUGAAGCCUUAUCUCAUACAUUCGAGUCCAUAGCAAUUUUCGAAGGUGCUAGUUUGUCACUACACAAGUGGCGCACUAAUUCGAAGACCCUACGCGAGUUAUGGAAAAAACAUGGAGUGAUUUCGAGUCAUAAUACCGAACCCCUCAUAGAAGAAAAGAUGACUUACAAAGUCUUAGGUAUAGCAUGGGACAACUUAAAGGACAUUCUUUAUUUUGAUGUUGGAGAUCUAGUCAAAUUUGUUUCUAGAGGAACUGACACUAAACGCUACGUACUCCAGGUCUUAGGACGCAUCUUCGAUCCUAUCGGAAUUUUAGGUCCUUUUACAGUGAUAAUUAAAUGUUUGAUGCAACAGAUUUGGGCGUUACGUAUUGAUUGGGAUGACAGAUUACCCGAAGAUCUAAGUUCGUUAUGGAGAAGCUGGUGCGAAGAAGUUCCUCAACUGACGGAAAUUUCAAUCCCACGCCACUAUUUUUCCGAAAACCUAAAUAUUGAUAUCAAGACUCUUGAACUUCAUUUCUUUUGUGACGCAAGUAUGAAAGCAUUUGGAACAGUUGCCUACAUGCGUGUUUUAUCUCGAAAUGAAGACGUUCGAACGGUCUUUGUAGCUUCUAAAAAUAGAGUUGCUCCGAUAAAAUCUCUUACAUUGCCUCGGCUGGAGCUCAUGGCUGCAGUACUGUCUGCAAAAUUAAGUUUUAAUAUUUUGAAAUCCUUGAAACGUGACAUUCCGUGCUAUUUCUGGUCUGACUCGAAGAUAACAAUUUUUUGGAUAAAAGGAAAUCCUGAAAAAUUCAAACCUUUUGUCAAGAAUCGGAUUGAAGAAAUUCGCAAAUUCACAGCACCUUCAGACUGGUUUUUUUGCCCCGGAAAAGUCAACCCCUCAGAUACCUUGUCGAGGGGAGCAAAAGUUUCUAAACUGCUAGAAGAUCCAAUCUGGCUGACAGGACCGCAGUGGCUAAAGAAUUCUCCAGAAUACUGGCCGAAGUCAGAAAAUGAGGAAGCAAUAAAUACAGAAGAAUUAGAAUACAGAAAGAAAUCGAAGGACAUCUUUCAGUGUGAAUGUCUUGUUGAAGAAAAGGAAAAUGCAAUCAACAUUACUAAAUUUAGUAAUAUGGAGAAGUUGGUGAGGAUUACAGCUUGGGUGAAGAAGUCGAUCAUGAAAUUUAGAAAGAUUUCUAAUAUAGAAAACACAUUGACCGCUGAAGAAUUAAUAGAAGCUGAGAAUCAUCUGAUAAGAUUAGAACAGAAGAUCUUUUUUAAAGAAGAUUACGAAUCCUUGAAGAAUGGAGAUCCGAUUCAAAAAGACUCUGAUUUGUUUAACUUUUUGCCAUUCAUGGAUGAAAAUGAAAUUAUCAGACUAGGAGGAAGAUUAGAAUUUGCUGAAUUAUCUACAGAAGAAAAACAUCCUAUUAUUCUUCCAAAACGGUCCUGGCUGACAUUUUUAAUCACAAGAAGAGAACAUGAGAAAAUGAUGCACGGUGGAACAGCUUGCACUUUAGCUCGAAUUCGGCAACGUUUCUGGAUCCCAAAGGGACGGCAAUUAGUCAAGAGUGUAAUCAAAAAGUGUCUAAUCUGCCAAAAAUAUCUUUCGAAGGCUGCUAAUCAAAUUACUGCUCCGUUGCCGCUUGACAGAAGCAACACCUCACCUCCAUUCUCAGUUUGCGGAUUAGAUUUUGCGGGACCAAUUUAUGUGAAAAUUUUUAAAGAAGUUCGAAAAUCCUAUAUAGUUUUGUUUACAUGUGCAGUUACUAGGUCAAUUCACCUUGAACUCGUUAGCGAUAUGACUACAGAUUCCUUCUUAUUGGCACUUCGAAGAUUUUUAGCUAGAAGAGGAAACUGUAAGGUAAUAUGUUCGGAUAACGCGAAAACCUUUAAAAGGGCGAAAAAAGAAAUAGAAGACUUAUCAAAAAUUAUCUCUGACAAAUUACUUUCGCAAUUUCUGACUAAAGAAAGAAUAGUUUGGAAAAAUAUAGUUGAAAGGGCGGCUUGGUGGGGAGGUUUUUACGAGCGACUUGUGAAAUCCGUAAAAGAUUGUCUGCGGAAAAUUGUAGGGAAAGCUUUAUUAAAUUUCGAAGAAAUGACUACAUUGCUUACAGAAAUAGAAACCGUCCUCAACUUGCGACCGCUAACUUACGUCUAUAAUGAUAAUAGUGAACCUUUGCCUUUGACACCAAUGCACUUCCUAAAUUUUGGACGAGAGCCUGAAUAUCCUAUCAAUUUCGCUGAAAUAGUAGAAAAUGAAUCGAAAAGAUCUUCACUUUUGAAACGGAAAAAAUAUCAAUCUCUUCUUCUCCGGCAAUUAUGGAUAAAAUGGAAGCAGCAAUAUUUACUUGACCUGAGAACUGUUCACUCUUUGAAUAAUCCAAACAAACAACCGGCACUUAAGAUAGGAGAUGUAGUGCUCAUCGAAGAGGAUUCCAAAAACAAACUGCUAUGGAAACUCGGAAAAAUUGAAAGAGCGUUUCUCGGACGGGAUAAUAACGUACGCUCAUACGAAGUUAAAACUGCUUCUGGACUUUUGCGGAGAACGAUACAACACUUGUAUACCUUGGAACUUUGA